UUUUUUUUUAAAAAAAACAUGAGCAUUGACGAUAGUCAAGUAGUUCCUAUAAUCGUUCAAUCUUACAUGGAUUGGGAAGGACCAGCAGCGAUAUACGCAGAAGGAAAAUUAAUAAGAGCACAAAAGGCUAUUAAUUUUAAAGAGACCUCAACAGCGCGAGGAUCUUACAUAACAAAAAACGAAUCAAAGGUAGUAAAUUUAAUUAACAUAAUACAGGAGUUUGAACAUAUGUCUAUUAGAGAAGCGGCUUCUAAGAUAGGACUGUCAAAGUCAACAGCCGCGCGUUAAAUCAAAAAAUGGAAUGAAUCGACGAGCAACUCUGAUCUAGAAGAUAUUCCUGACACUUUCAUUCCCAAGGAGCACAAAGGUCGAAAGCAAAUUCUUAAAGAUGUACACACAGUAUUUAUUUUUGAGUUAUUAGCAAAUGAGCCAACUCUGACAGUCGAAACUGUUACAAAUCGACUUCGCGAAAACUUUACUGAAAUUCUAAUCACCCCGAGAUCAGUAGCAACCCACAUGAAAAAAAAAGUGUCGUCUCACUUAUAAACGUAUUGCACCACAAUAUUUUGCACGAGACAACGAAGAAACUAUUAUCAAAAGACAUAAUUGUUGUGAUUGUAGUAGCCUUUAUAAUUAAGUUAAUAGAAAUAAAC